AUCCAAAGAUACAAGAGCUCGUCAAAUCGCUCGAUCAGAGUAUGAUCGAAGCCAAGGAGCAGCAUCUGAAAGAAAGACAAAAGAUUCUUGAUGAGCAGACGAAGCUGGAACAGCAAAUGGACUCAGUUGCCAAGGAAAAGGAGGCAUAUAAACAAGAGCUCAACUUUGAGCGGCUGGAGUUUGUCAAAGUUCGCGAAGAGUGGACACUAGAGAAGCGACGAGUGCUGAACCAGAUGAACGAGGAACGCAAGGCGAUCGCGCUCGAGAGAGCCGAGCUCGAGGCGCAACGAACCUCGAUGGGCAACAUCGAGAUCGAUCUACGACAUCUCAAAGAGCGGGAAGAGGCCCAGCUCAAGGCCGAUCGCAUCAUCCUCGAUCGUGAACUCCGAGCACUUCGGGUGAAACAAGACGAGUAUCAUCGCGAAUCUGCUCUGAUCCGUGCGGGACAUUCCAGCUUGGACAUGCUCAAAUCCAGACUGGAGACAGAGCACAAUGUCUUUGAGGCACAACGAAAGGAGUUCGAGGCCAAGAUCCAGGAUGCCAUAAAGAUGCACGCGGAAGCCAUGAACGCCAAGCAGGCCGCUCAGUCUGUCCUGAGACAGGCACAAAUGUCCACCACGGCUCUGGAAGAAGAGCGGAACCGAUUGGCACAACAGAAGCACGAUAUCGAGGAAGAGAAGAAGAAGCAUGUCGAGGACAGACUGGCCCUCGCCAACCAGCGUUGUGUGAGCCUUCGGGAGCAAGGCUCGCUUGAGCCCACAACAGCACGGGUCCGCCUGGGUCCAUCGGAUGGCCAAGUUGUUCGUAUUGCCUCGAUGCGAUCGGCGACACCCUCUGCCGAAGUGCUGCAAGGAGCAUACGUGAUGCCAAAGCCAUCCAAGGCCCACCUGUACUUUGGCGCCCGACACGUUCCGAAUGCCCGCCCAAGGCCCAGCUCAAUCUCAGCAAGCACACAGCUCGGCAAAGGUCGGACGAGCUCUCGCACUCUUGCCUGGGCACGUACAGAGCCUCACGCCCGAGAUUCAUCGCCACCAUCCUUACCACUCCCGUGGUCGAGCCGGGUGGCAAGUCGCGGAGUAAAUGGAGGGAUACUGACGAUGCUGCUGGACACGCCUGAGCGAGGACCGGGCUUCGCGGCGAGGUCAUCGUCGGGGUGGCACCAAGACUCGAUGGAGCUUGAGAUCGACUCGUAUCUGCAGACGCCGCUGCCCAAGUGUCCUCCCGACGACACUGAGAAGAUCGACGGCCAGCCCGGUGCGGCCCAGGAUGCAGUGCGGGGCAUGAAUGCAACUGUGCUUGCCCAGCCGUGAACAUGACCGCCUGUUGCGCAGACCGAAUACAAGAGCACAGCGCGCCGCUCAGUCGGGGUGGGAGCG